UCGACCGUCGUAUCACAUUCUAGCUUACUAACAACGACAAAUUUAAAAGCUUCAAAAACUCAACCAAAAAAUAAGAGAAAAAUCUACCAAUAUGCUUCGUCGUUCAUCUCUUUCUCUCUCCAAAUUCCUUCCCAGAAACCUAAUUGGAAGAUCUCCACGCACUAAAUACCAAUUUCCAGCAGAAACCCUAACAUCUCCCCCUAAUCGACGCGAAUUCCAUCGAUUUUCGCGGCCGACAAUCGCAGAUUCAGCUGCACGAUUCAAUGCUCCUAACAAUUGGAGACGAUUCAGCGGUGAAACCGAUAGGGAGGUCGACAAAAUCAACCUCAAAUUUGCGGAAGCUCGUGAGGAGAUAGAAUCGGCGAUGGACUCCAAAGAAACCGUGUAUUUUAACGAAGAGGCGGAGUGCGCGCGCGAAGCCGUCGGAGAGGUUCUGGAAUUGUACGAGGGGCUGCUGCGGAGGCUGCCGGAGAGCGAGAGGGGGUCGAUUCAGCGGGCGAUGGGUCUCAAAAUCGAGCAAUUGAAAGCUGAGCUCCAGCAACUGAAUGAGUAGUUCGCGAAUAUGCUGCAGCUUCCUGGAUAAGAGAGAUGGAAGAGAACACAAUUUCAGAAGAAAAUAGAAGUGAGGCCAGUCCACAAUUGCUUUCAAUCUUACCCUUGCCGAAUCUUCAACUUGCAACAUACAAGAAAAAAAAACA